AUGGGACCAUCAAACCAUCACAGAGGGAAGGCAGCACUGCGCUGGGAGGUUCAAAGAGAGCUGGUUGAGUUUGCUUUGGGGAUUGCUAAUAGUAAAUAUCCAUUCUUAUGGAUAAUUCGGCCCGACCUAGUGAAUGGGGACACUGCAAUAUUACCUCCAGAAUUCAAUGAAGAAACCAAGUGGAGAGCUUUUAUUUCCAAAUGGUGCCCACAAGAGGAAGUACUCAACCGGCCUUCGGUCGGAGGAUUCCUGAUUCACUGUGGAUGGAACUUGGCAAUCGAGACCCUGACUGCUGGAGUCCCAAUGCUGUGCUGGCCCUAUUUCAGAGAUCAACAGACAAUCUGCAAGUAUGCAUGCAUGGAUUGGGAGGUUGGCCUGGAGAUUGGCAGCGAUGUGAAGCAAGACGAAGUGCAGAAGCUCGUGAAAGAAUUGAUGGAUGGAAAGAUGGGAAAGCAAAUGAAGAAAAGAGCCAUGGAGUGGAAGCGACAGUGGAACAGGGCUCGUCUGCUAUAA